AUGGCAUAUCAAAGUGUCGGUAGCAAAGAUGUAGAUUUGGUAGAACCGGGAGCAAGACAAGAACAGGAAAAAAUCCACCAGACACAUCUUUACGGCAUCAGUACAAGUGCUGGGACAACAUGGCCUGAAUACGCAGAGCAAGUCGAACAAGUCGAACAGGACGAAGAAGACGACGACGCAGACGCAGACAAAGCAAGGGGGACGGGAAAGCUGCAGUUAUCUGGAGUUGCUGCUGCGGGCUCGAGAAACCCUCCAGUGUCGCCGUCGAGCGCUGUCGACUCGAUAUUUCUUCCCAAGCGGGCGUCUGCUGCACUCACUGCUGCCCAACGCAUCGCUUCCUGGUCGCCCUCGAGUCGAGAAAAUACUGCUGCUGGUGCUGCUGCCGGGGCUACCACGACAGCUACGACCACGUUAGACACGGAGAGAGACACGGUGGUAGAGUCCAAGGGUCGCCAGUCCAUCUUUCGACGGCUCUCGCCCAGUCUUGCGGCGCGUGUGAGGCUACUGGACGGUGCAUCGAGCAAGUCAGACACCGCUGCGUCUGGUCGAAGCCACUCAAAGAGCCCGGUGGGGAAGAUACCGGCCUCGCAGCUACAGGAACUCGAACGACAGAACGUGGACCUCUCCAUCCGGGUGCAGAGGCGAGGACGGGCGUGGAGUGGUGGACGGAUUGCGCCGCAGGAGCAGGACUCCGUCGGCCAGGUCAGGACUGAAGAAGAGAAGCAAGAAGAGCAGGACAACGACGAACAAAUAUUUCUGCCUGCUCUAGAGGAGAGAGACGCGUCUACGGAUAAGGAUAUAUCUUUUCGGACCAUGGGAACGGCGGGAGUGAGCCAUGGGGCGACAGAUACUGACUCUGAGAUUCCUCCUCCUCCGCCGCCAAAGGAUACGCCGCCUUUAGGACACUCGAGCAACGGUUCGAACGCGUCAGAGUCCUACUUCAACCCGCUAGGACUCAGCAGGACAGAUUCUAUUUACUCCUUCUCCAGAGCGUCCUUCAGCAACCAGCUCUCACAGCUCACCUCCAUCAGCCUGCCCCAGCCGUCAGCCCUCGAAGAGAGCAUAGCGUCCAUAUCGACCGCCCCGGCCGCCGUACGGGCUCUCAGCGGCGCAGCAGACCAGAUUCAGAAAUGGACAAACAAGGCGUCAGAGGUCCUGGGCGGACUCGAGGCCGAAGACGACGUUGAAUGGGCAGCUGCCGGGGGUCGAGAAGGCCUGGACGACGUCGACAAGGCGGUCACCAAGUUCGAAUGCCUGAUCAAUGUCUACGUUAAGGCCAUUGAGGAAGUGCAGGUUCGCGAGGACAUCGCCGACGUCGGCUCUGAAUCGCUAAACAACAUCGUCACUCAGAUGGAACAGACCAUCCAGAACUGGGGCAAGGUCGGAGCUCUACUACACGGAGUCAAGGAACAGGUCGAGCUGGCCAUGGAGUGGGAAGAGCUAUGGAAUGCCGUGCUGGGAGAUGUCGGGCUGGAGAUCGAUAACCUGUCGAGAAUGAUUUUUGAAAUGGAAGAAAAGAGACACAAGGCCGUGAUGGUUAUGGACACGGAUAACGAACCGACUACGGGUCUAGAUAUUAAUGAGCUCGAGACCAUCGUCGAAGAGACGCCGUCGAAUAUACCUACAAAUCCACGGCUGCACUUUGCUCCCAUCCUGCCUUCUGGCGCGCAAACCCCCGGCUCAGACAGCCAGCAAGACGAGUCUAGCUUGCUGGCCUUGUUUGCACGGAUGCAGCCUCUUCGUGCCUCUCUCGACUUCCUACCCAUGAGACUGUCAAUGUUCCAGUCCAGAGCCAAGGACAUCUUCCCCAGCGCAUGCGAAGAGCUCGAGGACCGAAGACUCCGUCUCGAGCAGGGAUACAAAAAGCUAGAAACAGACUCCGAGGCCCUCAGACGCGAGUUGGGAGAAGACAGAUGGGUGAUUGUGUUUAGAAAUGCUGGUAAACAGGCCCAUAAAAUGUGCGAGUCUGUUGAAAGGAGUGCUGCGAAACUACGUGAGGCCAUAGAGGGAGGCAUACAACAUAACAAUCCUACCGCAUUAGCUAAACGAGCAGAGAACUUCGAAGCAAAGAAGGUGCAUUAUGGAUCAGCUAUCGAACGGGUGUUGUCUAUUAUCCAGAAGGGGAUCAAUGACAGACUGACUGUUAAUGGCGAGAUUAUUCGGCUUCUUGCUGACCUGACAGCCAGGUUCGAUGCUCUGCAGGUUACCGUACAGUCUAUGGAUGCAUUGCUGGAAGAGCUUAACAGUCGACAGCUGCGGGAUUCCGUCUCUAGCAUCCUCACUCUAGACAGCCCUGCCGGCCGUAGCAUCGGUACCCCUGGAAGCUCCCCGGCCUCUUCCAUCAUCAUGUCAAACGGCAACAGUAACAACACCAAUGGCAACAAUAACACCAUGAUAAAGGAUACCAGCAGACGAAGCAGCCUUGUAGGCGGCGGUAGCACUGUCUCCAGAGGUACUGCAGCGAAGCUAAAACGCCAUUCUGCUCUGCCGGCCCCUACUUCCACAGGCAUUGGGCAUACGCCUCGCAAACCAUCGAUACCACGGGCAGUCAACACACCCAAAAUAACAACCACCAAUCACUCUGGACGUCCACCAUCGCGAACGGGAUUGGUCGACCCUCUAACCGCCCUGACGUAUUCAAAUUAUGUGCCCGAUGGCAGGCCACGCUGGAACGCAACGUACAACACCAAGGAUCUUGUCGUAGGCCAUGUCUACAAACCACUCAGCACUUCUCCUGCAUCUUCAUCAAACAGGAACCUGCCUGUCCCCAUAUCCGCUCGUUCGCCGCGCCCGUCCCACAGCAAUUCCACUUACUCCUUUGGCCUGCGCAGCCCACUUAGCCGCGAGUCAUCUUCCUCGCCCGCCCCAGGCAGACCAUCCAGCCGACUUCACCGGGGUGUGACGGAUCGCGGAUCCCUGGAUCCCGGCGCCGGCCAUGCUCACUCCCCAUCCCAAUCCCCAUCUCCCAGGCCAUCAUCAAUGUUUGAUCCCCCUCCCUACAGCAAGUUGCGCAAACAAGCAGCAGCCGCUGCGUCCUCCUCGACUACCACCUCCACCACCACUACUACAACAACAAGAUCAGCAUCAAGGUUAAUGCCUCCAACUCCAACGCGCACAAGGGCUAAGACACCCUUACCCGCUCCCGCUCCCGCUCCAACUUCGGGCCCGGCUCCAGCCCCAGUUUCCAAACUAGCUGCAUCAUCUAGACCGGGCCUUCCAACCAUGCCGAGGAGUAGACAGAGUUAUGCAGGUGUUCCUAGUGCUCGCAUAACAUCUCUUUCCACCAAUGACGCCGCUGGUGCGAAGAAGGCCGCUGCUCCGCCUACUGCAGCUCGACCUGGUACGGCGCUAGGACACUCUAACCGAAGAAGCAGUAUGCUUCCUCUACCUAGGAUGGGAACAGCGGGUAGAUCUGGACGGGAGAGUGUCGCGGGUGCCACGAAAGAUGAGAGGCCGCCAUGGAGAUAA